GCGCAGUGGGCAAAGCCCCAGCAAGCAGCGCGGCACCGCGCGUCGGCACCAUGACGCUCACCUCACCUCGUCUCGCUCGCAAAUGCGGCAGUGACUGAAGCCGAGUUCGAAGAAGCCGCAAUUGUUCGUCGGGACCGACGCCACCGCGAUGAUGUCCGGCGUGCGCCCGCAGUCGCGGAUCCACCGCUGGAGCAUCAGCGAACCGGCCGCGAGCCGCCCGCUCCCGGACGGCGUGCCCGCCUACAUGUCCCGCUCCAAGUCGUGCGCCAGCUCCGCCGGAGACUCGGACGGAGGCAGCGGCCGCGCCGGGCGCGCCAGCCGCGCCUCCUCGUCCGACUCCGUCAUCUCCGCCGACGCGCUCGAGCCGUACCGGGUGGCGCUGCUCGGGGCCGGCGGCGUCGGGAAGAGCGCCUUCGCCCGCAUCUUCUCCGGGGCCGCCGACAGCAUGGACAGCGACGACUGCGAGCUGUGCGGAGAUGAAGUGCACGAGAGGGAAGUUGACGUGGACGGAGAGGCAGCCGCCAUCACGCUGUUGGACACGUGGGAUGCAGAGAGCGACAGCGACUGUGCGGAGGAGCGCUACGUGCGCUCGGCCGACGCCUUCCUGCUGCUGUACUCCAUAACCGACCGGGCGUCCUUCCUGCGGGCGUCGGAGCUGCGCAUCAGCCUGCGCCGCCUUCGCCCCGCCCGACACACGCCCAUCAUCCUGGUGGGCAACAAGUGUGACCUGGUGCGACGCAGGGAAGUUUCCACCAACGAGGGCCGCGUCUGCGCCGCCGUUUUGGACUGCAAGUUCAUCGAGACGUCGGCCGCCGUGCAGCACAACGUGUGGGAGGCCUUCCGCGGCGUCGUGCGCCAGCUGCGCCUGCGCCGGGACUGCCGGGACGCCAAACGCCGGCCCCGCCCCCGCUCCCGCCGCGAGAGCCUCCCCGCCAAGGUUAAGCGAUUUCUCGACAAGAUGGUGGCCAGGAACAAUCCCGGCGUGGCCUUCUGGCUCAAAUCCAAAUCCUGCCACGACUUGUCAGUUCUGUAGUAGAAGAUCUGACACUCGGCGGAAGGACUGCGUGGGAACGCUACGACGAGGUGCGUUCGAGAACGCUCGGACGGACGACGUUUACAAUCAACCGAUGGCGCCAACGUGUGCGUGUUUCAAAAACUUCUCUUGCUGUCUGUCUUCAUUUGGAUUUGUGGAAGUCUUUUGAUAGGAACACAAGCUGCAGCGGACGAGGUGCGGUGCAGCCCGCAGACGACAUUGACGCGCACAAAACUGUUUUUUUAAUAAAACAGUUCUUCGGUUUGUGUGAGAGGUUUUUUCUUGUGAGAGUUAUUUCUUUGUGUCAGAUUUUUUUUUUUUUUUUUUUUACAUGCGAAAGGUAAUUGUGUGUGUCAGAGGUAUUUCUUUGUGUGAGAGUUUUUGUUGUGUGAGCGAAGUAAUGCUGUGUGUGAGAGAUGUUUUAUGUGAGAGAAUUAUUGCCACGAGAGCUAUUUCUUUGUGUGAGAGUUUUUUUGUUGUUGUUGUGAAAGGUAUUUUUGCACGCGAGAGUCUUCGUUGUGAUUCUAUGCGCGAGAGGUAUUUUGGUGUGAGAGUUUUAUGUGCAAGAGAUUGCUGUGUGCGUUUUUUGGUUUGUUUUCUUUUAGUGUGGGAGAGUGUUGUUUUUUAAAUUUGAGAUUGUGUGUGUGUGUGUGAGAGGGAGAGCGAGAUAGAGGCCUAUAAAGCAGUUGAUACGGCGCAACUUCGUGUCAUGUUGCCACUUUUACGUAGCUUAACGUGUUGAAAUAAAGAAUGAGAAGAAAGUC